AUGUCGAUAAUUAAAACAGAAACGACCGAAGCACUGAUAGAAAGAGGGUUUGAAUUUUUCGCAAAACAUUUUCCAGAUGGUGAAAAACCCGAUAAAUUAGGUAUUGGGCCUGGAAGAGUAAAUUUAAUUGGAGAACACACAGAUUAUAACGACGGAUUCGUGUUACCAAUGGCACUACCCAUGGUGACAAUAAUGUUGGGACGAGCCAACAAUAGUGACACUUGUCGCGUAGUUACUGCAUGUAACGAUUUCGAGGAAAUCGAAGACUCGAAUAAAACCGAAUUUAAAAUUCCUACCGUCAAACCGCUGUACGUGGGCACACCUAAAUGGGCCAACUACGUCAAAGGAGUGAUCGCAUGCUUCCAAAGUAUAGUAGUAGGUUUCGAUGCCGUAAUUCUAUCCAGCGUACCCUUGGGUGGUGGACUGUCCAGCAGUGCUUCCCUAGAAGUAGCUACUUAUUCAUUCAUCGAAGCUAUUACCGGAAAUAAAACAAUUCAAUUAGUACAAAAAGCCAUGGUAUGUCAAAAAGCAGAGCAUAUGUUCGCUGGAGUACCUUGCGGGAUAAUGGACCAAUUUAUUUCCGUAAUGGGAAUUGAAGGUCAUGCUUUACUCAUAGACUGCAAAUCAUUACAAUACGAACCCGUUCCAUUGACUGAAUCCAAUUACGUGUUUUUGAUAACUAAUUCCAAUAUUCAUCAUGAGCUAUCUAGUAGCCAAUACCAACUGAGAAGAUAUCAAUGUGAAGAAGCAAGCGACUUGUUAAACGUUCAAAGUCUCAGGUCAGCCACGAUGGAACUCUUGAACAAAGUACACUCGAGCGGGAAGAUUAAUGAAAUUGUAUAUAAACGAGCUAGACACGUAAUAACAGAAAUUGAACGAACCAAAACCGCUGCUGAUGUAUUGAAACGCGGCGAUUACAAAUCGUUUGGUGAACUGAUGAACGCUAGUCAUAACUCGCUAAGGGACGAUUUCGAAGUGUCCUGUCCGGAGUUGGAUCAGUUGGUAGAAUUGGCCAGAAAAGUGCCAGGUGUCCUUGGGUCUCGUAUGACCGGAGGAGGUUUCGGCGGAUGCACAGUCACAUUGGUGGACCGAGCUGCCGUCAACGCGGUCGUCAGCGCCAUUAGUUCGGAGUACAAAGGAAGCCCGAAGUUCUACACAGUCUCGCCGUCGUCCGGAGCGAAAAUUGUCAAAUUAUAGUAUACAUCGCGGCCGCGUUCUCGCCGAUAACGUAACCGUUUUAAGUCAUGUUGUUCACCGCCGUGUGGUACCCACCUAAACCGCGGUAUCGAACAAUGUGACCGCUCAUAUGAUGUAUUUAGUUGUGUACAUUUAUUAUGAAUUGUUUUAUGUAUAGACGUGUUUUUUUUUAUGAGAUACAUAAAUAAGAAUUAUAUACAUA